AUGUCAAGGUCGAACGACAGUCACGUUAUCGUGGAUCUGUCCGUAGCCUCCUCUGGCAGCCACGACGACGAUAACGAUCAAGAGGACAAUAGUCAGACCACCACCUCCACCACGAUCGAAGCAAUUCGACCCAGUACCAGUUCUGAGGACAGGCAGGAACCAGCUACAGCAGCACUACUGUUGCAGCAGCAGCAGCAACCACUGAGCCCAUACCAGACUGUUCCGGAAAUUAUCAACCCUGAUAAGAGAACGAACGUCUUGUUUUCGGCUUCCAUCGGUCAUGUCAAGUACAAGGCCUCGGUGAGUGCAUUCACAGACCCUGGUGACUACAUCGCCAUCUGGAGCGUCUCCAACCACGGCGACCGUACGGAGGUAUCGGCUCGGACAGUUCGCUUUCGACUCGACACAAAGAUCCAUGUCGAGAAAGGCUACCAGCUAGUGGCUUCGCUCGAUUUGCGUUUCGAGUUUGUGGACCGACUCAAGGGAGCCGACAAUACCGGCAGCAGUCAAAACAUUAUCGAAACGAUCGAUAACAGUUCUCCAAAACCAGGCACGGCUUUUCUAUUCGAGAUGAGACCUUGCGAUCCCGAAGAAGAAGGGCAAGAACAAGAGCAAGAACACGAGCGAGAUGGCCCCUCGAUUCUCGCACUGCCUGUUACUCGCAGAGUAGACACGCCACUGGAGCUCAUCCCGCCUUCUAUCCGGGAGGACUUUCAAAAGGUUUAUAUCUUGGCGACUGCGGUUUCUCAGGAUAAAAAAACCGUGGUGACAAUUUCUAGAAAGGGCCGUGGGGUGGAGUUCUUUUUGGAUCUGUGGGAUUUGAACGGCUACUACUAUUACUCCAACAACAAGGAAAAGGAUGAUCUGACCAAGUCAAGACGACCAAUGGCAUGGAUAGCGUUCAUGAUCGAUGGAGUAGAAGAGCUCGAUAUGUCGCUCCUCGAUGUCGCCUUGUCGAGCAAUGGAGAGCUUGUGACCGUGUUUGAUACACCGCGCAAACUCAUCGAGGAUGGGUUCUCGGCUGGAAAGUUUCCGUUGAGAGUGUUUCAACGCAAGCCAACAACGACCACCAUAACGGCAGCUUCAGCAGCAGAAGCCACGACGGUCAAGCAACAGCUGUUUGAAAUGAAAACGCCGACAGUCGGUGGUAGUGGUGACAAACAGGCUGUCACUCAGAGCAAUGGGCUGGAGGAAGUCCGGUACGACAAGAUAUCGCCGCUCUUUACUUUCGCCGGAUUUGCAAAGUUUCAACACCGUUUGGAGCAACGCAGCAACGACAACAGGCAGUCAGCAGAUCCGCGGAAGUUUGUCCUAGUAACUUGCAACGGUCGCUGCUUGGAGGUGUAUGAAGCUCGAACAGGACUCAAGCUGCUCUACACCGUAUCUCUCGCCGCGCUCUCGCUCAAUGGAGAUUACACAUCCUACAGGCUAUUGAUGAAGAAUCUUCAAAACUCAAUGUUUGUAUGGUACGUGAAUACCCACAAAGAGAUCUCGGUUUGGAACUGGCGGACGGGAAGGAACGUUGGAUACUUUCCAAAAGGAUCCACACCAGUCUUGUCCACGGAUGAAUCUCUGCUGGCCGUGUUUCGCGACUCCCUCGUCUGCACCUAUUCGACCAAGAACGGACAACUGCAGAAUCUCAGGACCAAUAUUGCUUGGAAGUACCGCGAGAACGAGUAUGUCACGUAUUCGCAUGUUGUUCUUUCUCGAGGGAACGGACGACUAGCAAUGCUGCAACAAAACGACAUUCAAGAAGAUGGCGAUAAAACUUCAGAGCUUGUUCGAUAUGUCGACAUGCAUUAUUUGGAGGACAUUCAAGAGACGACUGUAGCUAUCCCUCUCGGGUCAAGGCUUAUCCAUGUGCUGCCGUCGAAGACAUUGGGUCAGCAGAACGCGAUCGGAACUGCCAUUGUUCGUACAUCCCGGAGCAUCAAACUGCUGGACCUCGAGCCCACAACCACAGCGGCAGUCUGUGGGCCAGAUUGCUCAGAGUCCUGGAGGCACGGUCCCAAACAAAACAGGGACAGUUUCUACGAUGAGAACCAACAAUGUACGUUCAGAUUUAUCAUGAACGACAAAAAGGGUCUCAUUCGUCUUGCCCGCAUUUGGGGUAAGAGUGAGUCAAACAGUCAUGGAGUGAUACUACUCGAGCUACCAGUUUCAGGAGGUUGUCUGGGUUGGACCAUUUUGCAAAGUCGGAACCAAUGUUAUGUCUUUUCCAAGCCCGACUUUGAUGACCACAGUGGUUGGUCCAAUGCCGGUUUUGAGUUGUGGCAGCUACCCAGGGCAAGAACCGAUCGGUGCACAUUGUUGGGAGUCGGAGACGCAUCCGAGACUUCCCCGGACUGUGGGCGGUUUAUUUGCACGCACGGAUGCUUUCACCGUUGGGAUGGAGACGAUAGGAAUAACGGCUCGAGGUUCGGGACAUCUGACAAGGAACUUUCAGGAUCGGAGAACGUUCUCGCGAUUUGGCACCGUAUCGAGCAGUACACUGAUGACUUUGAUACAUUCCCUGUGACCUACAAAAGGGCUGUGGCCGAGUGUAUUGCUCGCCACAUCAACAAGGAUCCAUACCCUCAUGAUGUCAGCGCUACAAAAGCCGGUGAAGGCCCACCAGGAACGUCCUUUAUGUGGAAAAUUGUUCUCGAAUGCGUUCGCUCCGGCAAUGAUGCACUUCUCCUAGGCGUCCUAGGAUCUAACAACCACCUUGGAUACUGGGUACCAAGCCCGGACGAGUUCUCAGACAACGCCGAAAAGGACAUGAUUGCUCAUUUGAUCGUCGAAUUCAAGUUGCCCGUGGCCGAGAUCCUGAUUGAUUAUUGCCUCGCAAGAGCUCACUCGACCGACCCUGUCUUGCUCGAAAAGUUGAUGAUCAGUGUCCCGCACCUUAUACCCAAGCACCCUGACGUAGCCUUGAAUAUUGCCCGACGAGCUGCAUUCCUUCCAGUCUUGAAUCGAGAUCAAGUUCUGCAACAGGCAGUCUAUAACGGAGACCAGUGGCGACCGGGCAAGUUUUGGGUGCCAGUAAAAUCAAAGCUGUACGAGGUCAUUGACCAGAACCCAGUCUUUCAUCGUCUCAACCGGUUGGCUAUUUUCGACAGCAACAAGACCCAAGACCUCAAAAACCAGCCGGGAUUGUUGCCUGUGGCGGCCGAGACAGUGAAAAAGAAUGCCGACAUCAAGACCAAUCUGUACAUGGCCCCGUUUUCGCUGGUUUGGACGAUUCAAGGAAACGAAGACGGCAGCAAAAAGGCGAAGAAGGACGGAAGAUUAUUGACUGGCCAGGUUAUUGACAAGGACCAGCAACUGCCGGCAAAGACGACGGAGCCAGCAAUGCCAGCGAAGCUGACAACGGUCGCAGGUAGCGGGGCUUUGUUCCUUCGAAUGAUCUGGCACUUUGUCUUUCCAUUUGAUAAGGUCUUUAUCCACAGCCACUACGACGAUCUCCAAGCCUAUGACAAUCCUGCAUUCUCGGCUCUGAUGACCUACAAAUGGACGAGAUUUGCUCGAUAUUUUUGGUUUCUUCGACUGUCGUUCCAAAUCUCGUACGAGUUUUUGGUCCUCGUCGUGACAUUAUUUCAACUCUAUGGAGAUGAAGAGCAGCGAGCUGACCUGGUUGGCGGAUAUAUUACCAUCAUUGUGCUCGGUUACGUGUUGCUGCAUUUCGAGUUUCAGCAGAUGCGCAGAGGCAUUGGCCGUUACUUCUCAUCGCCCUACAACUAUGUCGAUCUCUGGGCAUAUGUGAUCCCGAUGGUCUCGAGCUGUAUCUUGAUUGCCGAUUCCGACCAAAUCGUGGCUUUGCGAGCUCUGAGUUUCUCGGUGGUCUUCAUCUACAUCCAUUUUAUCUUUGAGCUCCGAGUGUUCAGGAACGUGUGCCGAGUAGUCACGAUCGUGGUCAACAUUCUCUCCGACAUCCCCGCAUUCUUCAUCAUCCUGGCCAUCUUUACAGGCGAUUAUGGUCCGGUGCAGACUUCGUUGACGAACGGACAUUGGACUAGUCAGUUGAUGGUUAGCAUGUUCUUCUUUCUCACCGCUGUGCUGAUGAUGAACGUUGUCGUUGCGCUUAUGAACGGUGUCUACACCGAAACGAUCCUCACCGUGGACCAGACCUGGCUCAAGAACCGACUAGAUCUAAUUGCCGGAGCCGAGAACUUGUCGUUUUUCUUACCCUAUUUCAGAAACUAUUUCGAUUAUUUCCCGAGAUGGGUGUACUACACGGCUACAGAUAAGGAAGUGGAGGAGUAUCGGAAGAAGUACGGGCUGGAUGAGCCAAAACCGCGGUUUGUGUUCGGUUCGGAGAAAGACGAUGAGGAAGAAGACGAUGAAGUGGAAGAAGAAGUGGAGGAGGACAGGGAGAGGGAUGAGGAGGAGGAAAAGGCGGAAGAGAAGAAAUCUAGUUUUGAUAUUGCCGCCACCUCCACCACCACUACUACUAGUCGAGACGCGAUCGAUACAACCCUGCCAUCAUCAUCCCCAGAAACCCAAGACCUUGUCAAAGCGCUCAAAACCGAACUGGACGAGAUCAAGGACCUAUUGGCGGUCCAAGGUGAGCUUUGGCAGGCGGAGAGGAAGAAGCAACAAGAACGACUCGACUUUCAGGACCAACAACAUCAGAAGGUGGAAGAGAUGUUGAAGCAGAUGUUGUUGCUCAACCAGAGAUCUGGUUAA